UAACAAUAAUUUCAGUCGCGUUUUUCACGACCUGCCCGCGGUUGUUGUUCCAACAAAGUUUCCUCUUUUUCCGAACCAAAAACUAAAGCAUCAAAUCUGUUUAAACAAAUCUGUGUUUAUCGCAUACACAUAUCGCAGAUAUUGAACAACUGCCCACGGACCUGUGAAGUGAGGAAAUCGAAAAAGCCGGCAGAGUAAGAGGAUAACGAGUACCAGCAUCCCGGUGAACCCAGCCCAAGGAACUCCCGCAUUAGUCAUAAAUGUGAUGACCAGCCAGCUUUAAGCUUAAAGAAGGGAUUGAAAAACGAAACCAGCUGAGGACAUAUCAUUAGCCAGUUAGCCUUAUCAGUAUUUGCGAAAUGUUCGACAUCACCUGGCUGCCCACCGCCUGCGGAUCCCUGGCUCCGGCUCUAAUUCCGCCGGCCCACAUCGUCAUCCUGUGGUACUUCUGGGAGAACUACGCCAGGUACGUGGACAGGCACUUCUGCACCUGCUCGUGCUGGGACACCGUCUUCAAGGGACCCUACGAGUCGGGCGUGGCCGCCUACAAGCACAUGUACUUCAAUGCCACGCCCAACAGCUUCAAGAUGUGGAUUCUGACAGUGUUCGCCGUGAUUGCCCUGUACGAGUGCAUCAAGAGGCUAAUCGCCCUGAUCCUGCAGCAGCGCGUGCGGUACUCGAUGCUCCUGCUGUUCCUGCUCUCGAUAUUCUCGCACUACUACGCCUGGUGGGCGUACAUCAACUACUACAACGACGACUACUACAACCAGUGGAACCACCAGCUCUUUUUCACGAUAACCGAAUUAUUCUCAACGGUUCUGGUGAUGCACUUGGCCAACACCACAAACGUGGUCACCCCGAAAAAGGUUUUCUGCAUUGUGGGCAUCGCAUUGCUGCACAUUCUGGCCAGCAGCUUCGACCAAUUUUUCAUGAAUGUGGUGCGCGGCGAGGGCUACGCCCACCAGAUAGUGCGGGAUAUUGGAUUCAUGAUUCCGGAUCUCCUCCAGCUCUUCGUCCCGGUCUGGCUGCUCCGGCAGACCCGUCGCGAGAGCUACUGCACACGGCCAUUCUACCGCGAUCGCAAUCUCUACCGGGACAUUGUGGCCAUGUUGUGCCUGGUGUCGUUGCUCUUCGUAAUCUGCACUGUUUUGUGAGAGCGGAUCAUGCUGAAGGUCUACGAGGAGCGGUACGGAAAGAUUGUGCCCAUGCAGGAUGCGGCGGUGCAGCUCUUGAAUCGCUACCGGAUGCUGGCCAGCGGAAAUGUGCACAACUGAAGGCGAUGGCGAUAGCUUCUGGUACUGAAUGGAUUGUGGGUGGACAAUAGCGGCACUUGACGGCUGUAAGUGCGGAAUAUCCUGUAUUCCUGUAGUAUUUUCUAUUUUCAUUUAACGUUUGUGAUAGUUUUUGUUUCGGUUGAGAAGAUGAGAGAUGAGUUAAACGACGAGCAUAUCGAUAAGCGUAAUUAUCAACUAACCACGGUACAUAAUCAAUACAACAAACUGUAAUCUUCCAUUUAGAACCGUUGACCGAUGUUAAGUGCAUUAUCAUUAACCCAUAGUUGACCUUAGGUACAAUGUAGUAAAACCGGUGCUGGGAGUCCCAGGACUAAGCGAUUAGAUGGGUAUCAUCCCCAUUAGAUACAACGAUAAACAGUUAUUACAGACGUGCAUACAUCAGUAGAUUAGUUAUGGAACAACGAUGCGAAUACUUAAUAUUAAUUACGGAUUGUGGAAGCACAGACCCACCCAGUGUUAUACUACCUUAACAAGUUACACGUGACUUAGACUGUUGUUAGAUAAUAACAAUAUUAUACAUGUUCGCCACGACAAACCAAAAAAUAUUCCAGUACAUCUAGUAGAGGAACCACAGACAAAAUAACAACAAAUAGAGAAAAAAAAAACCGAAACCGUAGUAAUCAAAAUUAGCGUUAUACUAUAUUGUUACGAUUAACUUUACAUGAAGAAAUCAAAAACAUGCAAAUAUUAAUACUUGGAAUAGCCUAUACUUAUACACAUAUAUAUUUUAGUAUACAAAAUUAUAUUGAAUAAACUUUAAGAGACUGAA